AUGGCCCAGAAUGCAGACAACGACAUGGACUUUGAACAGAUGAUGGGAGAACUUGCCGCCAUGAAGACGGACCUUGCCAACAGACAAGCAAACCGCUUCGGUUCUCGCCCAACGACUCCGCGAGAUGCCGAACAGGAGCCCCGACGCACAAGAUUGACUCGAGCCAGGACAGAGACCAGAACCGACACCUCCCUCACAGUAGAGACCGCCGCUCUGGAUCAGACUGGUUCGCCCAACUCUUCCGCAGUCUUGUCACCUGUCUCUCCUCUCUCCAAGCGAGCCAUCACCGCCGCCGUUAGUCUGCGAGACCCCGAGAGUCGUCUGAACGCUCGUCUCAACCGCCCAACUCAGGACAGAACUACGGACAACGAUAGGAAUGAACAGCCAAGGAUGAGGAUUGAUGCCACCAUCCCUGAAACACCAACCACCCCUUCGCGACUAGACGCUGGCGAUCCAGUACCCAGCAUCAACGGCGCAGCGGUGGAAACGGUCGGUCCUCUUCCUGGUGGCCUGGCCCGCAGAGAGAGCAAGCGGGCUGUUCCUGUUCCUUUGCCACCCAAAUCUGCUCAACGGUCAAGGUCAAUCUCGCAUGGUUCGGGCCGUCCUCAGAUGACUUUGGACGAAAAUAGUGAGCGGGUAGUCAAUGGAUUAGAGAGUUCACCAUCAACGCCUCAGGAGACCUCGACAGCCGUCUUUGACGGCCCAGCGCCUCGCCAGUUUCUUCGACCCUAUCCAUCCUCCCCCUCACUGUCGACCUUGGCCCAGAAUGGGCAGAUGAUGUCGGCAUCACCCCGGGUACCUGCUCGUUCCAACAGUCGCAAUUAUGCCAAGUCACCGAGACCUGUCCCUGGAUCGCCCUCAAUCUCUGAACAUUCCACCCUGGGUUCCCCUUAUGACCAGCAGCAACAGCAGCAACAGCAGCAACAGCAGCAACAGCAACAGCAGCAACAGCAACAACAGCACCAAUACCAAUACCACCAUCAGCAGGGACCCCAGAGUCCGGUGGUUCCACCCAGAUCACGAUCAGCAUCACGAUCCCUGAGUCGAUCCAAUACCAUCACCAAGACUGAUAACAAACUCGACGAUUUUCCUUUUAUGUCUACACCGUCGAUCGCCGAAGAUCGCGAAACACCCUUGUCGCUUCAGGAACCACAUGUCCUCUCAACUGUCCCUGCACAACCUCAACAGCCUCAGCAGUCUCAACAACCUCAGCAACCCCAGGAGGAAAAGGAUCUGCCACCAAUCCAACCCCAGCCUGAACAGCAACAACCCGUCCAACCUCAGCCUGUCCAACUCCAACCUCAACAACCUCAACAGAAGGAGGAAGAGCCAGAGCAGCAGCAACAGACCAUUGCUGCUUCAGACGAGGCUUUGCAGCGGAGCGUUGCCGAUUCACCCGAUAGCGCUGGGCACAUUCAGAAAAAGAGCUCCAACAACAGCCUGGGUCAAAGCUUCGAGGACAAUGGACAACAGGCUGUGCAUUCGUUGGCACCAUCUCUUCUUCCAGCACAUUCUAUUCCUCCACGCCAGGCCUCUGCUCAGGAAGAAAACGAAGGUCACGAUGGACGCCCCAUUCUCCGCAAACAACAAUCGGUAGAUCCCGCAGCUAUGUACCGUCAGCAUCAACAGGAACCUCCCAUGCGCGACCGCCUUCCUAGUCGCCAUGCUUCAGAGAGACGCCCCAACCGUGACCGCAAUCUAUCUAACACCGGUUUUGCUGACUCCAAUGAAGGUGGUCGCUCACGAGAGCCAUCGGGAGCAGGAGAAACCCAGAAUGAAACUGAACGUGGCAGGAAACAAAAGCCAGAGGAGGGCACGUCCAAGGGUGGCAUGUUUGCAUGGGUGAGAUCGCGCAGCAAGUCCAGGGAUGCCUCCAAUGCCAAGCCCAACUACGAGACGUCCCAUCCAGUGCCUGAGUCCACAUACCCCGAGUACAACCCUGCUUUGAUUCCUAGUCGCAGCACAGGAGCAUUGGGAAGUCAACGCUCAAAGUCGUUGCCAAGAAAGGCUUCCAACCAAAACUUCCAGGCAGACAGCAACGGAUGGCCACCAGUUCCUCAACCAGGUUCAAAUGGCGACUCGACAACUUCUCUCCACCACAGAAGCAAAUCAACCUCCAAGUUCGCUCGUAACCCUCCACCAUUCGCCAACCCGACCGCCGUUCCCAACGACACGUCUUCAGGUCUUCCUUCCCUGUCCUUAAAUGUCAGCACCAACAAGAGCACUAUGCACCACGAUAACAUGAUUCGCGGAAUGGGUAUGGGAAGCACCCCGAUCGCGCCUGCAGUCCUCCUCACCCCCCAGCCUUCUUUCCCAACAACUCAGUCGCCUUUGUCUGGCGGAGGAAUGAGAGGUAUGGCCCUGGCCAUGAUGAGGGACGAUAACUCUCCUAGCUCGAGCGAGCAGCAGAUGCAACAGCGCCAGCUCCAGCUCCAACAAGCUCAACAAAUGCAACACCUUCAGCAACAGCAACAACGCCUAGCAGCCGCUGUAGCGGCCAACGGAUCUCCUCCAGACUCGCCUUCAGCCACCAACCAGUCAUCAAACGCCCAGCAGACACCCAUGUCGCCUACAGGCGUUACCCCAGGAGCAGCCAACCAAGCAGCAACUCAACGCCUUGUAGCCACUCGCAUUUACAUUCAGACCGAGAUCGAUUUCAAGUCUGUCAACUUGGCUCCCAACUCAACCGCCCUGGAUGCGUUGCAUAUGCUGCAGGAGCGUGGAGUCUUUGGUCAACCAGGCGAUGGUCGCUACCACGAUCGAUGGACCAUUUUCGAAUACUCCAAGGAGUUCCUCAUCGAGCGUCCUCUGCGUGACUUUGAGGUGAUCUUGGAUGUGAUGAAGACCUGGGAGGCUGACAAAGACAACAAGAUGAUCUGCAAGCCCUUCCCCGCACGCAACGAGCUCGCCGCCCAGGAGGUUGUUCGUUUGGUCGGACCUGCUGGACAGGAGAGCUUUGUGCGACCUCAUGGAUGGGUGCAUAUCGAGAUGAAGAAGAGCAAGUGGGUGAAGAGAUACCUUCAUAUCACCGAUACAGCUGUCUACCACUCCAAGGAUGCCAAGUUUAAUGGAGAGAGCAUGCUAUGCUUGCUUCGCAACUUUGACGUUUACACUGUCCAAGUCCCACGGAAGAAAGCGCCCACCAAGUUUGGAUUCGCGCUGAAGUCAUCCGACAAGAUUCAUCUUUUCGAGACACCAGAGGACGACUAUAUCCAUUACAUCUGCACCGACUCUGGGGAUUCUCUUCGUGAAUGGCUUGCUGGUCUUCGCGCUGCCAAGGGCAUGUUCAUGUACCAUAGCAACCCCGAAGUGAUUCGCGAAGGAGUGAAGCAUGCGACCGAGCUGGCAUCGUCAGGAAGUCAGGAUGGACUGACAAGAGGAAAUCUGACAGAAGAGCAGGUGAGCAUUGCGGAAGCAAAACUGGCCGAUUGGGGCAUGUUGAAUAGCAGCAUGAACGGGCCGGGGAAUAGAAAACGCUAG